AUGGCGUUUGACUAUUUCGGCAAAACAAUAGGUCCGGUCAAGAAGGUUCUACUCACUUACGGCCCGAAUGGUCAAAGCCGUGGUGUGGCCACGAUCAUCUUCUCGAAGUCCAGCGAUGCGGCAAAGGCCGCGCAACAGCUGAAUGGCAUCAAGGUCGACAACCGGCCCAUGAAGAUCGAGGUCGUGCUCGGUGCCAAAGACGUACCACCUCCGGCACCGGCGAAGGGCUUGAACGAACGAAUCUCUCAGCCGAAGCCAGCCGCAAAGGCUCAACCGAAACCUGCUACCGCCACGAAGGCGACGGCGAGCAAAGCUGCGACCCGGGGCAGGGCACGUCGUGGCCGCAACGCAGGACGAGCCAAGCCUAAGACUGCGGAGGAGCUUGAUGCUGAGAUGCAAGAUUACUUCGAUGGAGGUGCCACCGGCCAGACCACCGACGCCCCAAUGGAGACGAACGGUGGUGCUGUCCAACCCGCCGUCAACGGAGGAGAUGCUAUGGAGGAUGAGAUCUUGGUACGGAAUGACUCUGACCUUUCAGAGGAGAGUUAUGCUAACAUCUAUCUCUGGCAGUAA